AUGAGCCGCGAAGGCAAUGCAAUCGGGAUCGACUUGGGCACGACCUACUCGUGUGUGGGCGUGUGGCAGAAUGACCGCGUGGAGAUCAUUGCCAACGACCAGGGCAACCGCACGACGCCCUCCUAUGUCGCGUUCACUGACACUGAGCGCCUCAUCGGCGACGCCGCCAAGAACCAGGUGGCGAUGAACCCCAAGAACACAGUGUUUGACGCCAAGCGCCUGAUCGGGCGCAAGUUCAGCGAGGCCGCGGUGCAGGACGACAUCAAGCACUUCUCGUUCACUGUCAAGCCCGGGGCCGGCGACAAGCCCAUGAUCGAGGUUCUGUACAAAAACGAGACCAAGACGUUCAGCCCUGAGGAGAUCAGCGCCAUGGUGCUCACCAAGAUGAGGGAGACGGCCCAGGCGUUCCUGGGCGCCGACAAGCCCAUCAAGAAGGCCGUGGUGACUGUCCCCGCCUACUUCAACGACAGCCAGCGCCAGGCCACCAAGGACGCCGGCACCAUCGCCGGCCUGGAGGUGCUGCGCAUCAUCAACGAGCCCACCGCGGCCGCCAUCGCGUACGGCCUGGACAAGAAGGCCGGCGGUGGCUCGGCCGGCGAAAAGAACGUGCUCAUCUUCGACCUCGGCGGCGGCACGUUUGAUGUGUCGCUGCUGUCCAUCGACGAUGGCAUCUUCGAGGUCAAGGCCACCGCCGGUGAUACCCACCUGGGCGGAGAGGACUUUGACAACAGGUGCGCGCACGCGCUCUGA